UACUAGGGUUUCGUUCGUAGUUAGGGUUUUCGCUGAGCGGUCUCUGUUCCAUACUCGGUGCAGUAGAAGGGCAUCCGUAGACAAAGCGAAAAUGCCGUCACACAAGACCUUCAGAAUCAAGAAGAAGUUGGCGAAGAAGAUGAGGCAGAACAGGCCCAUCCCUUAUUGGAUUAGGAUGAGGACCGAUAACACCAUUAGGUACAACGCUAAGCGCCGCCACUGGCGUCGUACCAAGCUUGGAUUCUGAGGUGCUUGCUCUGCCAAUGUUUUACCCUUAAUUCGUUUCGGUUUAUUAAAUUAAUUAGUGUCUUUUCUUUUCUUCUGCGGCAAAAACAAUGUUUUGGAGCUGUAAUGCUUUUGCAUCUUUUCUAAGAUCAGUUUGUCAGGAUUUUAUUGUAGUUCACUGACGGUAAAGUAAUUGGAAUUCUUCGGAUCAUGAAUUAUUAAUGAUUAUAUUUUUUGUUGCUUUGAA